AUGCUCCCCUCUUUGCAAGAAUCACUGGAUGGAGAUGAAAAAGAGCUAGAGAGCAGCGAGGAGGGUGGUUCUGCGGAGGAGCGGAGACUCGAGCUACCACCCAGCAGCCACUACAGUCUGUACAGCUACCGCGGAAGCAGAUUGGCACACCAUCGAGGAGACAGUGAUGAUGCAAGUGGCACAAAUACAGAAACUCCUUCCGGUGACGAUUUCAGCCUUUCUUUGGUGGACACUAAUCUACCAUCUGAAGUGGAGCCACAGCUGCGCAGUUUCAUUGUUAAGCGUCUUUCCAAGGGAGCAGUCUUUGAAGGACUGGGUAAUGUUACAUCCCUGGAGCUGAGUUCUCCAGGGUAUCGAGUCGGCUGUUACUACUGCCUUUUUCAACAAGACAAAUUGUUUCCUGAAGCAGCAGCAGUGGACUCUGAGUGUAAACCUUCAGAGUAUGUAUGCUGUUUUUUAGGAGGGUCUGAAAAAGGACUUGAGCUUUUCAGGCUUGAAUUGGACAAGUAUAUUCAAGGGCUAAAAGACAACAUGAACUGUGAGGAAAAGGGUCUGGAGAAUCCCAUAAAGUCCUACCUGAACAGCUGGUUUGAGGAUGUUGUAUGCCCGAUCCAAAGGGUGGUUCUUCUCUUUCAGGAGAAACUUACUUUUCUGCUCCACGCUGCUCUGAGUUAUACUCCUGUUGAGGUUAAGGAAUCAGAUGAAAAAACAAAGAGAGACAUUGACAGGUUUCUGAGUGUGGCCAGUCUUCAAGGACUUAUUCAUGAGGGCACCGUGACAUCUUUGUGCAUGGCUAUGACAGAGGAGCAACAUAAGUCUGUGGUCAUCGAUUGUAGUAGCUCCCAGCCUCGGUUCUUCAAUGCAGGAAGCAACCGGUUUUGUGAGGAUUGGAUGCAGGCAUUUCUAAAUGGUGCUGAAGGGGGCAAUCCUUUUCUUUUCCGACAAGUACUGGAGAACUUUAAAUUAAAGGCCAUACAAGACACAAAUAAUUUGAAGAGGUUUAUCCGACAGGCCGAAAUGAAUCAUUAUGCGUUGUUUAAAUGUUACCUGUUCUUAAAGAACUGCGGUAGUGGAGAUACCCUUUUGAAGAUUGUGAAAGUGGAACAUGAAGAAAUGCCAGAAGCCAAAAAUGUGGUAGCCGUCCUCGAAGAAUUCAUGAAAGAAGUUCUUACCCAAAGUUUCUGAUCACAUUUUAAGAUCAUUGUAUUGUGUAGUUGGGAUAGUCAAGCCUUGGUGUUUGAAAUUGCAGUUGUUUUAGUUAUUAAUCUGAUGGUUAUUUAAGAUGAUUUGAAAUUCAUUUCAGAUUUGUUUUCUUUUGCAAUUUUGACAUUUGACUUAAUUAAACCUAAAAAUCUGAGGAAC